AUGGCGACGGCGACGACGGAAGGCCGUGGGCGACAGAGAGCGAGUCCGGACCGCCUCCCCGUGCCUCCCCGCCCCAGCUCUCGGUCCCGCUCCCGCUCCCGGUAUCGGCAUCGCGCGCCGCCUCGCCACGCUCCCGGGUCCCGGCAUGCUCAGGGCCGUCCCCGCGCUGAGCCGUACAAAGGAAGUCCACUUGCAGCUUUCCUGUACUUGUGUGCGGCGCUUGGAGUUGCCGUCGCCAUUCGGCUGUGCGCAAGUCCGCCGCCUUCGUACAGCACGUUGCGGGCCUACCGAGGCCUCGCCGCCGCGGUCGUCGGCGCUCUCAUCAUCGUCCUUUUUCUGAGGCAUCCUCCCCGCUGGGCGGAUCAGGAAUACCCUCAUGGACCUAAUCAGAUCCCGGCGGCUCCGGCUCCGCAGAUUCAAACGGAGCAGCCACGCCUCGCUCCCACGCUCUCCAUCACCAUCACUGGGGGCGUACUGGACGCGAGCCAGGUUGCUGCUGCCAUCCGCAGCUCCAUGGCAGACAGCACCCGUCCGACUCCCGCCUUCAGUCCACCCCAAGCUGAUUCCUCCGAUUCCGACUCCGACGGGUGCGGGUCAAGCACCAACGGCGACGAGACCAAUAACUUGUGGUAUACUCCCGUCCAUCUCCUGAAAGCAGGGGAUGUCUGUCUCAUCCUCCCCGUCUUCAUCCAGCAGCUCCAAGAGAUGGCUCCAGGGUUAACCGAAGCUGAAUCCCUUGAAUUGCUGCUGAGAGCGUUCAGAGAAGCCAACAAAUCUGAGAGAUUCCACAGAUUGUCCGACGUUGUUGAGGAGAACCAACAGAUUAUCUAUUCGGAUCCUCAUGCGUUGACAGACAAAUCGACAGGGGCUUUGAUCAUGACGAUGAAAAUUACUGCAAAACUUGUACAUUUGAUCUGGUACGAAUUAGAUGUGCAGAAUUGGAAGCUAUGUCAGGAAGUCAAAAAGGUAUGCUUUCAAGAGGUUGUUGGGCAAUCUGUAGAGAAGCUCCUUGAUGUUGCACUUUCUUUCAGCAAUGAAAGUUGGUCUGCUGAUCAUCCUUUGCCAAUGCUGACUACCUUUGAUGCGCUUGUCGAUGUCCAACAUAACAUAAGGGAAUUGCCUUUCAGCAGAAUCGAGUAUAUUCCUGAUGAGGUCGCUGAUAUACCGGACUUGCCCUGCAGCAGAUAUGAGUCCAUACAUAAUGUGGUUGCUCAUAUUUUUUGUAAGAUGGUGGUUGAUUUGAAAGGAAUACUUGAGGGGACUAUCAAUGACAUGCAUAUCAGCAGAGAACGUGCUAUACAUCCAGUAACUGCUCUUCUUGUACGAUACCUGGAAUUUUUCUAUCGUAACGGAGAGAUGAUGCAGUCAGUUCUUGGCACCGGGGAUUGCACUAUUGAGCUUAUCAUGAUUGGCUCUUGGGUCUCCAAGCUCACUGAAGAUGCAGAGGUAAUGUUCCCAGGGAAGGGACAAAGGUGCAUAUACAUGUUGAAUAACAUGGAUUAUGUUUAUCAACUGAAGCAUCAUCCUGGAGGAUUCCUUUCAAAUAUAGAACUGCAAAGGGGUCUCUGUUCGCUGAUCCAUCAAUACAUUAAGGCCUACCUCGAGGAAUACUGGUUUCCACUUAUGCUGUCAUAUCUGGAUGGUGAUUCUCUGAAGAAGCCACGCCGUUCAUCCUUGUAUAAAUUCACUGAAGAGUUCUUUAGAAUCUGUGAUGGCCAGAUGACAUGGAAAGUUCGCACUAAGCUUAAACAGAGACUGCGUGAACAGAUAGUGGAAUUGAUUGUUCCAAAAUAUGUGAACUUCUUAGAGGCGCUGCAGGACAAUCCAAGUUCUUGGUUGAAGAGGAUGUGCCGAGCCAGAUCUGAGAAACUGGUCUGCACUGCUGCGCGACUGGAAGAGGUGAUCAGAGGGCUCUUUGAAAGAUAG